AUGACCGUCACCUCAUCGGCACAACGCUGGGUCGUGUGGCAGGGCGUAUUCGAGAAGCCCGCUAUGCUAUCGAUAGCCGAGAGUAUUUUCUGGCCCAGAAUGACCAUCCACAUCAUCGGAAUGGAGGGGCGAAAAGUCCAUUCAGUAAGAAAAUUUGGAAUUAUACUCUGCUGGAAGAAGGCAAUGGAGUCGUUUUCACUGUCCGAUCUCAUGAUGGAGAGGAAGGUUAUCCGGGUAAUGCCACAGUGCAGGUCUCCUAUGUGCUUACCAAUCACAAUGAAAUUCUGGUACAGUACUCGGCAAAUACCGACAAGUCGACGUUGA